CUGCAGAUUUUCGGUUGUACUAUUCUAAAAAAAAUGUUGAAACACACCUUUUAUCUAUAUCAGGUACCAGUAUUGUUUGAGGAUGUUGCUAUUUCUUUCUCAGAAGAGGAGUGGAAGAUGUUAAGAAAACAAGACAAGGAGCUUCACAGGGAAGUGAUGGCACAGAACUAUGAAACCUUAAUUUCUAUCGGAUCUGAAGUCCCAUCAGAGAAAUUAUUAUUGCUUUUUAAAGAAGGUUAUGGUGACCUGCCACAGGACAAUGAUGUGAGAAAAAAUGCCAAAGAAAAGAAAGAUAACCCUGAGCACAAGCUGAAGAGAUCUGAAGUCCCAUCAGAGAAAUUAUUAUUGCUUCUUAAAGAAGGUUAUGGUGACCUGCCACAGGACAAUGAUGUGAGAAAAAAUGCCAAAGAAAAGAAUGAUAAACUUGAGCACAAGCUAAAGAGAUCUGAAGUCCCAUCAGAGAAAUUAUUAUUGCUUCCUAAAGAAGGUUAUGGUGAACUGCCACAGGAUGAUGAUGUCAGAAAAAAUACUACAGAAAAGAAUGAUAACCCUGAGCACAAGCUAAAGAAUGACAGAAGCACAGAUAGCAGCAUGAUUUGUCAUCAGCAGCAACCAGUUGCGACACCCCUGCUACAUCAUCCUAUGGACAACUUGCAGCACUGUGCUCAACCUGUGAAGGCUACCGACAGGCUUCAUUGCACACCUGCAACACCAUUUCACUCUGAGCUUAACUGUAGAAAGAGCUGUGAAUUUAAUGCAAGUCUUGCUUUGCAACAAGGUCCAGUAGUACACCAGCCAUCUUGUACAAAGGACAAACCAUAUAAAUGUCCUAAAUGCAAUCAGUAUUUUUCAACCAGAAGUUCUCUAACGCGUCAUCAGACUAUUCAUGUGAGGAGCAAACCAUAUCAGUGUACUGAGUGCAGUAAGUGUUUUACACAGAGUUCUAGUAUGAUACAUCAUAUGGCUAUUCACACAGGAGUAAAACCAUACAAGUGUACUGAAUGCAGUAAGUGUUUUUCAUAUAGAUGUCUCCUGAUACAACACCAGCUUAUUCAUACAGGUGCAAAGCCAUAUAAAUGCACUGAAUGUAGUAAGUGUUUCACACAUAAACAAAGUUUAGUAUAUCACCAAGUGACUCAUACAGGUGCAAAGCCAUAUAAAUGCACUGAAUGUAGUAAGUGUUUUACACUGAGGUGUAAUAUGAUACGCCAUAUGGCUAUUCACACAGGAGCAAAACCAUACAAGUGUACUGAAUGUAGUAAGUGUUUUAGACAUAAUUCUACUAUGAAGCGACAUAUGGCUAUUCACACAGGAGCAAAACCAUACAAGUGUACUGAAUUCAGUAAAUGUUUUACACAGAGUUUUCAUAUGAGAAGUCAUAUGACUAUUCACAGAGGAGCAAAACCAUACAAGUGUACUGAAUGUAGUAAGUGUUUUUCAUGUAGAAGUGAACUGAUAAAACACCAGGUCAUUCAUACAGGCGCAAAGCCAUAUAAAUGCACUGAGUGUAGUAAGUGUUUUACACAGAGUUCUAGUAUGAUGCGCCAUGUGGCUAUUCACACAGGAGCAAAACCAUACAAGUGUACUGAAUGCAAUAAGUGUUUUACACAGAAAGGUAAUAUGAUGCGCCAUAUGGCUAUUCACACAGGAGCAAAACCAUAUAAGUGUACUGAAUGUAGUAAGUGUUUCACACGGAGUGAUGAUAUGACACUCCAUAUGGCUGUUCACACAGGAACAAAACCAUACAAGUGUACUGAAUGCAGUAAGCAUUUUUCAUAUAGAUGUCUCCUGAUACAACACCAGCUUAUUCAUACAGAUGCAAAGCCUUAUAAAUGCACUGAAUGUAGUAAGUGUUUCAUACAUAAACAAAGUUUAGUAUAUCACCAAGUGACUCAUACAGGUGCAAAGCCAUAUAAAUGCACCGAAUGUAGUAAGAGUUUUAUACUGCACUCUACGAUGAUGCGCCAUAUGGCUAUUCACACAAGAGCAAAACCAUACAAGUGUACUGAAUGCAGUGAGUGUUUUUUACGUAGAUGUCACCUGAAACAACACCAGGUCAUUCAUACAGUUGCAAAGCCAUAUAAAUGCACUGAAUGAAAUAAGUGUUUCAUGCACCAAAAAGCCUAAUAUCUCAUCAGACUAUUCACAUGGAGAGUAAAUUAUUAUCCCAAGGAUAAAAAUCCAAAGGGGAAUAUUCCAGGGUGACUCC